UUGUAUGAUAGUAAUUGCAGCGGAGCGAGUACGGAUGGAGCGCUAAAUUCUUCGACUGAAGUCGAAGUCAAAGAAGAGAAACCUCCGACUAUUGAUGUCCAAACCCCGCUGUCAAUAAAAGUGGAACCGUCGGCUGUAUCGUUAAUGCGACCGACAAAAGAAGUACUACCAGUACUGAAGAGAGAUUUAUGUAAUGAAGAGCGUCGUCAGUGCCCAGAUUGUCCAUUUGUGGAGUCGGACGAGUUGAUCUUCAAUUUGCAUCGUGAAAUGCACGGUGGUCGCACGCGAGCCUUCGCUUGCAAUCUCUGCAAUUACAGCUGUUACGCACCGGAAACCCUUCACUGGCAUCUUUCACUUCAUUUACCGUCAUUGAGCCCUGCAAGUGCUAUAGCGCAAAGAAAAAGAGGAUUGAGUCGACGAGCAUUCCAAGCUUCCGAUCCUAUUCCUCUCGGAGCAAAGCAUUUCGCAUGUACCCAGUGCUCAUAUCGUACUGUUCACGAAGCGAAUUUCGUGCAACACAGACAACAGCAUGCUCAGGUUCUUAUUCUUAUAAAUCCUUCGCUUUUUUGGUUCCUACAAAUAUAG